AUGGCCAUCACUGAAAAGGACAGCAUCAAGGCAGCGGUGUCUCAGAUCGACAAGGCCCUUGCUGGAAAGGGGCUUGAUGUCCUCAUUAAUAAUGCUGGCGUCUUGCUUCUUUCCGUUGAUGGCAUCGAGACCAUGGAUAACCUUGGCUACCCUCUCAAAGUGAAUGUGGAAGCCGUCCAUGAUAUCACGGCAGCAUUUCUGCCCCUUUUGCGCAAAGGUGAACAGAAGACAGUGUUGAACAUCACAUCUACCCUUGGCUCCGUAGCAAUAGCUCCCCAAUUCAUGUAUGCACCAACACCAUCUUACAAGGUCUUGAAAGCGGCUCUGAAUAUGUUGACUGUGCAAUAUGCGUUGGAGCUGGGAAAGGAAGGGUUUACAUUCCUGAUGGUGUCCCCCGGCUACUUGAAGACCGACAUGGGUGGGGACAGGGCUGAUCUGCCGGUCGAGGUUGGAGCAAAAGCCACCCUUGAUAUUCUGUUCGAGAACACAAAAGAGGACAAUGGGAAAUGUAAAGCCAUACAUGUUCCCGGGUGGGAGGAUGUGGAAGGUCCAAAUGUGUAUAAUGGGAGGGAAGUAGCCUGGUGA